GAAGAGCGCGGGAGCAAGAUGGCUACUACCAAGCGUGUGCUGUACGUGGGUGGGCUGGCAGAAGAGGUGGACGACAAAGUUCUUCAUGCUGCAUUUAUCCCUUUUGGAGACAUCACAGAUAUUCAAAUUCCUCUGGAUUAUGAAACAGAAAAGCAUCGAGGAUUUGCUUUUGUUGAAUUUGAGUUGGCAGAGGAUGCUGCAGCGGCCAUCGACAACAUGAAUGAAUCUGAGCUCUUUGGACGAACAAUUCGUGUCAACUUGGCCAAACCAAUGAGGAUUAAGGAAGGCUCCUCCAGACCAGUUUGGUCAGAUGAUGAUUGGUUGAAGAAGUUCUCUGGAAAGACUCUUGAAGAAAAUAAAGAAGAAGAAGGGUCAGAGCCUCCCAAAGCAGAACCCCAGGAGGGAGAGCCCACUGUGAAGAAGGCCCGGUCAAACCCUCAGGUAUACAUGGAUAUCAAGAUUGGGAACAAGCCGGCUGGCCGCAUCCAGAUCCUCCUGCGUUCAGACGUGGUUCCCAUGACGGCAGAGAAUUUUCGCUGCCUGUGCACGCACGAGAAGGGCUUUGGCUUCAAGGGUAGCAGCUUCCACCGCAUCAUCCCCCAAUUCAUGUGCCAGGGCGGCGAUUUCACCAACCACAAUGGCACAGGGGGCAAGUCCAUCUACGGGAGGAAGUUUGACGAUGAAAAUUUCAUCCUGAAACACACGGGACCAGGCCUGCUCUCCAUGGCCAACUCCGGCCCAAACACGAACGGCUCCCAGUUCUUCCUGACAUGUGACAAGACAGAUUGGCUGGAUGGCAAGCACGUGGUGUUCGGGGAGGUCACAGAAGGCCUGGAUGUCUUGCGGCAGAUUGAGGCCCAGGGCAGCAAGGACGGGAAACCAAAGCAGAAGGUGCUCAUUGCGGACUGCGGGGAAUACAUGUGACGCGGGGCUUCCUCUGCAAGGCCCCAUGUACAGAAGCAUUCAGGCCGGAAGCCAGCCCCCAAGUGGGUCCUCUUGGCAGCAGGCAGGGCUUUGUCAGCCCUUCCUCAGGGUCAGCUUGGGCGGCCCCAUGCAGGUGCAGCCCGGGCUUCCUUGGGCUCUUCCCCAAGCGUGGCCCUGCACCCAGGGCACAGGCAGCUAGUGUGGAUGGCCUUUUCCAGGCCUUUGCUGCCAGGGCCUCUCCUGGGCCCAGAAGAUGACUCUUCUGGUAAAUAAAUCUUAGUUCUUGUACUGCUGCCUCUAGCUGGUUCCUGGGGGGUGGUUUCGGGGAUCGCGGCUGUGACUGAGCUGCCCCACUGAGAUGGGCUGGUAAAGGCAUAGGGCACAGUGGCCUCCUGCCAGCGUUCUUUCCUCCCUUGGGUGGUUCCCUAAGAUGCCAGGUAGGAGCUUGCGAGGCCCGAGUCAGGACCAUGGAACCAACGAUGGUGGGAAAGCGCCUGCCUUCUGCUGCCUUGCCCCUGCUCCAUGCUGGCCAGCCUCAUGGCCACAGGAACCCGUGCCAGUUUCAGUGCCUCGUGCUUUCUGUCCAGCUCCACUCUGCUGACAUGUUAAGUGAUGUUUUAUGUCUCGACAUGCCUUCUAUGCCAGGUUCUGUCCUUUUUGUCAGGAGAGAGGAGGUCAGCAAACGUGUGGGCGUAACCCAGCCUGCUGCCUAUUUCUGUGAAUAAGGUUUUGGCGGAACACAGCCGCCUCCGUGUGCUGUUGGCGACGGUGGCCCCCCCCCCGGCGCGGUGGCAGUUGUCCCGUUACUCCCGCGCCAGGACUUAGAACCUGGGGUUUGGUUCCACCUGGGCGUUCCCUCCCGGCCCCGCUGCACGCUGGCCCUUUGAUCCUGGGCCCGGCGUCUGCCCGGGACUGCUAGAGCCUCCCCGCGGGCAGCACGUUGGCCCCCAGCUGCUGCCGGCACAGCACUUUCCCUACGGUCGUGGCACCCACGCGGCGGUCCUCCCCGUCCUCCCCGUCCUCCCGCCCGCCCAGCGGUCCUCCCCGGAAGGGAUCUGCUUUCCACUGACGAAAAGAGGCUCAUAAAGUUCAGGUGAUAGAAAAUAAGAGAACUGGGUUUCAAAGAAUAUUUAUUAGCAGGGAAUUUUUGGCCAUAUUACAAAGUGGAAAGCAUAUCUUAUAAAGUAAGAAAAGCGUAUCUCAAAGCAAUUGGUGUAGUACAGUAUGAUCCCAUUUUGUAAAAAUAUAUGUAAAUAUGUAUAUACUAAGCAAAAA